AUGGGAGAAGCGAAGGCGGACCGUCUCUCUGCACGCGCUUCCGACGAGAGAGUCACCGAAUCCUCCUCAGUGGGCGAGAACGCUGCGCCUGACUGGAGAGUGGGAAAUGAAGAGCGCGCUCGGCCUCUCCCACCCACGCCAUCAGCGGCGGUGAAGGCACCCGAGUCGGCUGAGGGUGAGCCGGCAGGCAGAGGAUGGGCGUUUUCCCGAUGGUGGCGACGGGAUGGGCCGGAGGACUCCCAGGCGCGGGAGAAACCGGAGCAGAGACACGACUCUGCACUGACGCGGGUGUGCACCCUUCCCGCAGACUGCGAGGCGUUCGGGCGGCAGACAGAUGCGCAGGCUCAGCAGAAUGGCUCGGCGUCUGCGGCAGCCGCGGGAACCGCUGGGUUGCCUGCGUGGAAGCAGCCCGGAAACGGCGGCGAGGACGACGAGAAGCCGCUGUCACUCUAUGUGCGCGACCGCCAUUCGUUUUUCUCCGACUCUGCAGCUUCUGAGCCGUUCCCGGAUCCUCUCGCGGAUGUCUUGUACUUCCCCGGAACGCGCAUCGCGAUUCCCAGGUCGAUCAUCCUGUUCAUGUACGUCCUCUCCGCCUUCCUCACGGGAAGCACGUACUUUGGCUGGCCGGCCUUCUCCCAUCUCCUCUUCAAAUCGGGGGCGUUCACCUGGGAGUGUCCCGUGGACGAGGACGGACAGCUCAUCAAGGCGUUUCCGAACCCGACGGGAGAGAACGGCUCGGGAAAACCCUUUAUCUGCGACCAACAGGACGCCGCAGUCGCGCCCCUGUUCACCGUCGCGCAAGUCUCGGAGUGCUUCAUGUGCAUCUUCUCUGGAGUUCUUCUGGACAACUUGAGCCCCAUGGUGGUCUCCCUCCUCGGUCAGCUGUUGAACAGCACGGGUUGGAUUCUUCUGGCGUGCAGCUCGAAAGACUUCGUCGCCUACAUUCCCGCGAUGAUCUGCAUCGGCUGCGGCACAGAGACGACUUACCUGCCGCUCUUGCGGGUCGCGAGCCUCUUCCCAGGGCACCGCGCGACCGUCAUCACGGUCAUCGGCGCGGCCAACAGCGCCGCCUUCGCCAUUCCGCUCAUCCUCGUCAAGAUCUGGGAGGCCGCGGGCCCCACCUGGUCGUUCGUGGACGUCUGCGCGUUCUACUUGUGCGUCGGCCCGCUGCUGUGUGCUCUGAUCACGAUCUGCUUCAUCCCGUACAAAGGCUUCACUUGGGACGCGGAUCUGACGCCUCACGAGCGGGACGAGACGAACGAGCUGCGGCAGAGACGCGGUCCAGGCGCCGCAGGCAGUUUCGACAGCGACGCGUUCAGCCAAAGCGCGAGAGGAAGCGGCCUGGAGAAACUGAAGGUCGAACCGAAAGUCUCCGUCGGCGGCAGCGGGAGCACACUCACGACCGGAGACAAAGCGCCGAGGGUGUUGAGUUCCCUCGCUUCCGCCUGCGACGCCCCGUCGCGUUCCAGUUCGUUUCUCUUUUCUCUGGGGUCUCACGGGAAACUCCAAGACAGUCGCGCAGGACUCUCGGCGUUCGCGCAUCCGGCCGUGCCAUCGGAGCGCCGGCGCUUCUCCGCCUUCGACGUGCAGGACACACGACCGAGGGAAGACGGAGAGCUCGGGUGUAUCCGCGAACACCGGCGUCACACCGUCGGCCAAGGGUGGACGCCCUCUGCCGAAGCCGUGCCCGAAGCCGGCGAGAGAGAGCCGACUCGAGGCCGCGGAGAAGGACGCGAGGCACCCGGAGCGGGGUCGUGUCCGCCGUCCCCGAACCUUCGCCCGGAAGUGCCCAGACUGCUGGAUUUCCCGGGCGCGCGUGCUGCGUGCGCGAGUGGCGAGAGAAGACUGAACGACUUCCGCGCACCAGGGAGGGGAUUCAGCGUCGAGAGAGGCAUGCGGGCGUUUCGUUCGUUUUCGAACUUGUCUCGACAGUCGUUUCGGAGCACGGGACAACGCCAAGACUCGAUGUGCAGCGAACUGUAUCGCGCGCGAUCGGCCAGUCAGGUGCGGAACUGGUGGGCGACCAGGGGAUCCGAAGUGGGCCGUGCCUCGUUCGCCUCGUCCUUCAACAUCCGUUCGCGGCAUGCGCCUUCGCGGAUGAUGUCCUACGCGCCUUCCGAGAACCAGCCGUCGUUCUUUGAGCAGCUUUUCUCCAAGCACUUUUUCUGCAUCUGCGUCUACACCAGCGUGACGUCCAUCUCCACGGCGUUUUUGCAGAGUGCAGCUUCACGCGUGUACAGUGAAGACGUGUUCGAAGUUGCCGAGAUCGCGCUGUGCUUCAGCUUCGCGCCGUGCGUGAUUCUCGGCUGGGUCAUCGACAACAUCGGUUCGUUCCCGGCGUUUGUGCUCACGAAUACGAUGGCGAUCAUCGCUCUCGUUUGUGCGACGACGUCGACUUCCCCCGUCGUGCAGUACAUUUCAGUUGCGGCCUUCUGCAUCCACGUGAGCAUCGACAACGAACAGAUCUUCUGCUACGUGCAGUCCACGUUCCGACCGGAACAUUUCGGAAAACUCAGCGGACUGUUCAUCGCCUCCGACGGGCUCUUUGCUCUCAUCUCCAUUCCCCUGUACGACGACGUCACGGUCCGCCUGCUCGGCGGAAACGCGCUUCCGGUGUCCGUCGCCAUCACGGUUGCGCUCUUCCUCGUCUACGUCCCUCUGUUCACCCUAUGGGUUCUCCGCCGGAGACGCCCCGACCCGUUCGGGGUGCGAGAACACUGCGCCGCCUUGGAUCACGCAGAUGCGCAGAGGAAGAGUUGCGAGUUCGGCGACAGGGCGCGGCUCUCGGACGCGCUGGCGUGA